AAGUGUGGUUAUUCACCUAACCCCACCUGGCCAACAGGAUGAAUCUUCAAAAUUCACCUUGAGGGUGUCAGGAGAUGCCACAGCUAGUUCACGGGGAUUAGCUGGCGUAGGGAUAGCUCUGAGUACUAGGGCAGAAAAGACAUUGCUUGACUGGAUCCCAGUAGAUAGCCGAAUGUGUGCUGUCCGUCUGAACGGAUCAGUAAGAAGGAGAAAGGACUGCACUACUCGCCGAUGCCUUUUCGUAAUCUCCGCCUACGCCCCCACUGACUGCAGUUCGGAUGAAACGAAGGAUGAGUUCUACCAAAAGCUGUCUAGUUUGGUGAGAAAGGCUAAACGCUCAGAUAUAGUCGUUCUAGCUGGUGACUUCAACGCUCAAGUAGGGAAAUUGUGUCAAUCUGAGAAGGAUGUCGGUGGCACCUAUGGAGUUCCGUGCCAGCGAACCGACAACGGUGACCGUCUCCUACAGUUCUGUUCAGAUAAUCAUUUGUUUCUUGUAAGCACUAACUUUAAACACAAGGAGAGACACUGUUUAACCUGGCGACCCCCAUCAUCAAACCAACGCUGGACACAAAUAGACCACAUAGCAAUAAGCUAUCGUUGGCGUGGGUCGGUAGGAGAUUGUCGCUCCUUCUGGAACACGUGUGUAGAUACCGAUCACGCACUGGUCCGGGCUCGUGUGUGCUUACGACUGAACGGACGUAGGAAACAGCUGGCGGUAAAACCAUUACGCCCCCAGCUCGAUCAGGAAACUAAAUCCCUAUUUGAGGAAGAACUAGCUAAACGCAUAUCUGAAUCGACAGCUGUGCUCACCCUGGAGAAGCCUGGAAGAAUAUUCAGUCAGCUAUAGAUACAGCUGUAAAAGCUGUGAAUAAGACAAAUCCAAAGGUGAGUAAAAACCACUGGAUUUCGACUGCCUCAUCCGAACUGAUAGAUGCUAGAAGACUUAUUCCGGCGAGCUCCGAAUUCAAUGAGGAGCGAAAGCUGCACAAAAGGAAACUUACUAAAAGUCUCCGCAAGGACCGUGAACAGUGGUGGGUGACAAAGGCGAAAGAGAUGGAAAAAGCAUUGGCGAUAGGCAACACUAGGCAACUCUUUAGACUCAUCACAGAAUCGGGCGGGAAAAGGCAAUUCAUAAGUGAGACUAUUUCUGAGAAAAAUGGCUCCUUAAUUAGCUCUCAGGAUAGACGCCUUGAACGCUGGAAAGAACACUUUGAGGAACAAUUUAACUUGCCUACAGCCACACUGAACCUCCCCGCCAUCCACCACGUACCCGAAUGGGAUAUAGACACUGGUCC